CGCAGCACACUGAAAGACACUCUAUAUUUGGGGGAUCUGUGGGACGUGAAACUUCUCGUACAGCUUAAAAAGUUUCUAUGAAAUAAUACAAUUCAAUAAUUUUUAAUUGCAGUAAUUACAGCGCCUGUCUCAAUUCCUUUUUUCAGACUUUAGGGAUAACACAUAUUUUGCAGUAUGUGUACAGGAAAAUGUGCGCUGUGUGUCGGGGGAAGUUUGUAUCCACUGGCGCUCAUCUCGAUAAUCUGUAACAUCAUAUUGUUUUUCCCUGGCUGGGAUGUUAAAUACGCGCAGAAUGGACAACUUACAGAUGAGGUCAAAUACGUGGGAGGAUUGGUUGGAGGAGGUGCACUGGUGUUGAUUCCUGCAUUUUAUAUUCACCUGACUGGAGAGAAGGGCUGUUGCAGUAACCGCUGUGGGAUGUUUCUGUCCAUAUUAUUUGCAGCGGUGGGUGUUGCUGGUGCCCUUUAUAGUUUUGUAGUGGCACUGGUGGGCCUUAUCAAUGGGCCAUACUGUAAAGUAGGUCUGAUCUGGUCAACUCCCUUCAAAGAAAUGAAUGAGAGUUACCUUAAAAAUCAAGACAUAUGGGGAUUAUGCACCGAGCCCAAAAACGUGGUAGAGUUUAAUGUCGGUCUGUUCUCAACACUGUUGGUGGUCAAUGGCCUGCAGCUCAUCCUCUGUGCCAUACAGAUGAUCAACGGCCUGUUUGGAUGCCUCUGUGGAACCUGCAUUGAGAAAGAUCCGCUGUAAAGUUCUCCGGGUGCACGAGAUAUCCCUCUCUCGUCGACCCUCAUAUGCCUCACUAAUCAGCUAAAUUGCGACCUCUUGUGUAAAAAGAUGUACUGCAAAUUUUUUAAUCAUUCAGCUGUUGCCAUUCAUUAAAUUAAAAUGUACAGUAUGGAAUAUAUAAUAGCAGAAAUACCGUACGUAGGACCAUAGCAUUUUAAUGCAAAUUUAUUUGUACUUUUUUUCACGUUUAGUUUACAUUCAGUCGCACCUUUUGAUUGUUUUUGCUAAUACUUUGCCUUUAUACGUUUUUAAACAAUAGCAUUGAAAUAUUUAGAGACUGAAUACUGCUGUAAUGGGUCUUUAAAGAAUGAAGAACUACUUGUUUGCAUUGGUUUGCGUGCUCGUUUUUAAGAAGCAGAGAAAUAAACUAUUCUAAAAAUAAAAUCAAACUGUUACACAUGUUAA